ACCUACCGGAGAAAUUACAAAAACUGGCACGUGCUCCUUUUUCACUGAAUCUUUUGUCGGUUGCACCUAGCAGACGGUAAUCCCAUGGGACACGUGUCAGUCCAUAUUCUCUAUCCCCAUCCCCGCAUACCCUAUCAUCUUCACUUCACACAACCACGCUUUAAACCCAACACUUUCCCAUCCCCAUACUCCUCCACGCAACCCACUUUUCCGGUCCAAUUUCGCCGGAAUACUCGUUCCCUCUCUCUCAUGCUUCCGAAAUCAGUUCCCCCAGCGGAACCCCAACCCCAAACACUUAAUACCAAAACCACCCUCACUUCUUUCUUCACCUCCCUCCUCCAACCCCGUUUCUCCCCCCAAAACCCUCGCACAUGGAUCCUCUUCACCGUCCUCUUCAUCCAGAUCCUCCUCCUCUGCAACCUCCGUAGCUUCCCCUCCCCCUCAAUCCCCCCUCCCCUCCCCGCCGCCGCCGACACCACCACCACCACCACCACCACCGUGCACCACUCCUCCCGCACCGUAGACCAUUGCGGCUCCGGCAAGGUCUUCGUCUACAACCUCCCCGAUACCUUCAACCAACAAAUUAUUCUCAAUUGCGACAACCUCAACCCCUGGAGCUCCCGUUGCGACGCCCUCUCCAACGACGGCUUCGGGCGCGCCGCCACCUCCCUCGCUGGAAUCGUCCCGGAGGAUCUUCUCCCGGCGUGGCACUGGACUGACCAGUUCGUAACCGAAAUCAUUUUCCACAACAGAUUAAUAAACCACAAAUGUAGGGUUAUGGAGCCUGAAUCCGCUACGGCGUUCUACAUCCCAUUCUACGCUGGACUCGCGGUGGGGAAGUACCUCUGGUUCAACUCCACCGCAGAGGAGCGCGAUCGCCACUGCGACAUGAUGCUGCAAUGGAUUCAGGACCAACCGUUUUUUAAAAGAUCAAACGGUUGGGAUCAUUUUAUUACCAUGGGCCGCAUCACGUGGGAUUUUCGCCGCUCCAAGGACAGGGAUUGGGGUUCUAGCUGCAUCUACAAGCCAGGGAUAAGAAACGUCACGCGCCUUCUCAUCGAGCGUAACCCUUGGGACUAUUUUGAUGUAGGUGUUCCCUACCCCACCGGAUUCCACCCCCGCUCCAAAUCCGACGUCACGCGCUGGCAGAGCUUCGUCCGCGAGCGUCAGCGCCACGCGCUCUUCUGCUUCGCCGGCGCGCCUCGCCGCGCCUUCCGCGACGACUUCCGCGCGAUUCUGCUGAGUCAGUGCCGCGACUCGGGUGAGUCGUGCCGCGCCGUGAACUGCACCGGGACGCGGUGCUCCAACGGCACGUCGGCGAUUCUGGAAACUUUUCUGGACUCGGAUUUCUGCUUGCAGCCGAGGGGGGACAGCUUCACGCGCCGGUCCAUUUUCGACUGCAUGGUGGCCGGUUCGAUUCCGGUUUUUUUCUGGCGGCGAACCGCGUAUUUGCAGUACGAGUGGUUCUUACCGGGUGAACCGGAGAGUUACUCGGUUUUCAUAGACCGUAACGCGGUGAAGAAUGGGACCUUAACCGUGAAAAACGUGCUCGAGAGGUUCACGAAGGAGGAGGUGAGGAGAAUGAGGGAGAAAGUGAUUGAGUACAUUCCGAGGUUGGUUUACGCGAACACGAAACAAGGGUUAGAGGGUGUGAAUGAUGCUUUCGAUGUUGCCAUCGAAGGAGUGUUCAAAAGGAUUAAGGAACAGGAACAACCGCAGUUUCAUAAGUGGAAAUAACGGCGAAACAAUGCUUCCUUCGUCUUACAUUUAGAAGAAUUAUUAUAAAUAACUAAAGAAAAAAAAUACGAUGUGUUUUAUUCAGGUGAAUUCGCUAGGAUAGAGUUUCAUUUUUUUUCUAUUUUAAUUUCUCACACGGGCUAUUUAUAUAUAUAGAUGCACAAUGGGAUCGAUGUAUGUACCAUAUUGAUAUUGAUAUUGUGAUUCUUUUCACUACGAUGAAUUAUGUAUUUAUGGAUAGAGACAUAGACAUAGUAUUAUUAUUUAUGGAGUUAAUUUUGACAAGAUAUAAUGGUUGAUAAUCGGACCGGAUGAUCGUACCAUUUUUUUUAGCAUAUGAUUCUUCUAGUUGUCGCAAAACAAUCAAAUGACGUACCAUGCUGUUUGAUACUGGCUAGAGAAUAGAGAUUGGUGGCCAUCGCUGAUUCAAAUGCUUCUAAUGUUACUCUGACCUGGGACUACUGCUGCUUCUGGUUUUCUUCUGUUUUUUUGAGCAAUCAUGAGGCAGAGGAAAGGGCCGCAACAUGACAAAGAAAAAUGCAUUAUAAGAACUACGUCUUGGUCCUCUUGGACGUAUUGUUAUCUAUUGCCAUAGCAAAGAACAGUGCAUGUGUGCUUAUAUAAUUUCCUAUUCAAUAAUGAAUUUUAUUUUCUUGCUUGCACCA